AUGUCGAUGGUCGAAUUGCUCACCGAAAGAAUGCAGGUUUUGAAGCCCACGAAAUUGGUGAGUUUUUUAAAGGGACAUACAGUAAUCUAGAGGUUUUUAAAGGGACAUACAGUGAUUCUAGGACUUCUGAAGGUUCUCAAAGGGACGUACAGUAAUCUAGAUGUAUUUAAAGGGACAUACAGUGAUUCUAGGGGUUCUGGAGGUUCUCAAAGGAACAUACAGUAACCUAGAGGAAGAUACAGUAAUCUAGAGGUAUUUAAAGGGACAUACAGUGAUCUAGAGGGAUAUACAGUAAUCUUGAGGUAUUUAAAGGGGCAUACAGUAAUCUAGAGGUUUUUAAAGGGACAUACAGUGAUUCUAGGGGUUCUGGAGGCUCUCAAAGGGACAUACAGUAAUCUAGAGGUAUUUAAAGGGACAUACAGUAUUUCUCGAGGUUUUUAAAGGAACAUACAGUAACCUAGAGGAAGAUACAGUAAUCUAGAUGUAUUUAAAGGGACAUACAGUGAUUCUAGAUGUAUUUAAAGGAACAUACAGUAACCCGAUAAUUGUUUCUCAGGAAAUCAUCGAUGAAUCCGAUGGUUGUGGCGCGAAAAUUCGAAUCGAAAUUGUCAGCGACGAAUUUGCCGGCAAAUCCACACUCAAUUCACAUAGGUAUGCAGUUUUCUCUGAAAUUUGGCUGAAAAUUUGAGAUUUUUGGCUGAAAAUUGGGCUGAAAAUCGAUUUUCAGCUCAAAAAUUGCUCUGAAAAUCGAUUUUCAUCCCGAAAUUCCAGAUUUUUGCAGACUAGUCCAAGAAAAAAUGGGCGACCUCCUUCAACAAAUCCACGCCGUCACAAUUCAAGCCUACACACCCGAAAAAUACGCGGCCAAGUUCGGAUAACUCUCAUUUUUGUGAUAUUUUCUCAUAAAAUUCCUCUUUUUUUUUUGGAAAUUUAUGUUUUCGCUAACAAAAUUGGUUGACUUCCUCUAACUUUAUCUAAUUUUUUUUGAAUUUUGCUCCAAAAAAAAGGGAAAAAAUCCACGUAUAGAUCAUGUUUAUUGCACAUUUGGUUCAAAAAUAUCAAAAAAUCCGGCCAAAAUUCAUCAACAAAUUCAUGGGACGAUUCAGAAAAUCCGGAAAUUUCGCGAAAAUUCGAAAAUGCUUGCUCGCAUUUGCCGGAAAUUGUGGCGAAUUUGGAGAAGGCGAUUGCUUUGAGAUUUUAUGGAUUGUAUAAACAGGCCGUGCAAGGACCACCUGGUAGGGGCUGUUUUGGGAGGGGAUUUGGGGUUUUCUGAAAAUUUUGAGCUAAAAUUUGAGUUUCAGCACAAAUUUUGAGCUAAAACUCGAUUUCCAGACGGAAUUCUGACGUUUUUUAGCUAAAAUUUAGGAUUUUUAAAAAAAUCUGAGCUAGAAUUCGAGUUUCAGACAAAAACUGGUCUGAAAAACCAUAAGUUAUGUCUAGAAAUUGUCAAAUUCUCAUUGCUCAGGUUAAAUUUAUCCUAACUUGAAUUUUGAGCUGAAAUUUGAGAAUUUUUGAGCUGGAAUUCGAAUUUCAGACAAAAACUGGUCUGAAAAUCAAUGAAUUAUGUCUAGAAAUUGACAAUUUUUCAUUGCUCAGGUUAAACUUAACCUAACUUGAAUUUUGAGCUAAAAUUUGAGAUUUUCUGAAAAUUUUGAGCUAAAAUCGAUUUCCAGACAGAAACUGGGUUGAAAAUCAAUGAAUUAUGUCUAGAAAUUGUCAAUUUUUCAUUGCUCAGGUUAAAUUUAUCCUAACUUGAAUUUUGAGCUGGAAUUCGAUUUUCAGACAAAUUUCUGAAGUUUUAGAACUAAAAUUUGGGAUUUUCUGAAAAUUUUGAGCCAAAACUCGAGUUUCAGAACAAAUUUUGAGCUAAAACUCGAUUUCUGAAGUUUUGGAACUAAAAUUUGGGAUUUUCUGAAAAUUUUGAGCUAGAAUUCGAGUUUCAGACGGAUUUCUGAAGUUUUCGAGCUAAAAUUUAGGAUUUUUAAAAAAAUCUGAGCUAGAAUUCGAGUUUCAGACGGAUUUCUGAAGUUUUCGAGCUAAAAUUUAGGAUUUUUAAAAAAAUCUGAGCUAGAAUUCGAGUUUCAGACGAAAAACUGUGCUGAAGAUCAAUAAGUUUUGGUUAGAAGUUGUCAAAUUCUCAUUGCUCAGGUUAAAUUUAUCCUAACUUGAAUUUUGAGCUGGAAUUCGAAUUUCAGAACAAAAUUUGAGCUAAAAUCGAUUUCCAGACAAAAACUGGGCUGAAAAUCAAUAAGUUAUGCCUAGAAAUUGUCAAUUUUUCAUUGCUCAGGUUAAACUUAACCUAACUUGAAUUUUGAGGUAAAAUUUGAGAUUUUCUGAAAAUUUUGAGCUUGAAUUCGAGUUUCAGACGAAAAACUGGGUUGAAAAUCAAUAAGUUUUGGUUAGAAGUUGUCAAAUUCUCAUUGCUCAGGUUAAAUUUAUCCUAACUUGAAUUUUGAGCUGGAAUUCGAAUUUCAGAACAAAAUUUGAGCUAAAAUCGAUUUCCAGACAAAAACUGGGCUGAAAAUCAAUGAAUUAUGUCUAGAAAUUGUCAAUUUUUCAUUGCUCAGGUUAAACUUAACCUAACUUGAAUUUUGAGCUGAAAUUUGAGAUUUUCUGAAAAUUUUGAGCCGGAAUUCGAAUUUCAGACAAAAACUGGUCUGAAAAACCAUAAGUUAUGCCUAGAAAUUGUCAAUUUUUCAUUGCUCAGGUUAAAUUUAUCCUAACUUGAAUUUUGAGCUGGAAUUCGAUUUUCAGACAAAUUUCUGAAGUUUUAGAACUAAAAUUUGGGAUUUUCUGAAAAUUUCGAGCCAAAACUCGAGUUUCAGAACAAAUUUUGAGCUAAAACUCGAUUUCUGAAGUUUUGGAACUAAAAUUUGAAAUUUUCUGAAAAUUUUAAGCUAAAAAUCGAGUUUCAGACAAAAAACUGGGCUGAAAAUUCGAUUGCUCAGGUUAGGAUUUUUAUUUUGAGCUAGAUAAAAAUCAAUUUUAAGAUGAAAGAUUCCCCAAAAUUUUGCAAAAAAUCAUAUAUAAAUACCAAUAAUUUAUUCAAAAACCCAAAUUCAAUUCAAUUUUUCAAUAAAAACUCUUGCGAUGAAGUCUUCUUCUUCCCCCAAAAUCGAUACAUUUUCCCAAAUCGUCUUCGAUUUCAUGAAGACAGAUUUUAUUGAUUGGACAAUCGCUUUUAUCGCGACACGAUUCUUGCGCCAAAAUUGGCGCGAAAAUUGAGAAAAUCACGAAGAGAAUUGUAAAGAAUUUCAUUUUUUGUUGAAGUUUUUUGGGAGGAGAUACGGUUUUUAAAGGGACAUAUUAUAUAAUUCGAUUUAUUUUUGAUUUAAUCAAAUUUGAAUUUUCUGAUGGGGGAAAAUGAAUAAGGAGAAAGUUCAGAAAAUCAGAUUGUUCUUCGAAAACGGCUCAAAAUUUUCAGAAAAAUCCAAUUUUCCAGCUCAAAAUUACCCAAAAAUCACUAAAAAUCCAAAUUUUCAGACGAUUCUUCACGUCCUUCUUGGUAUGACACAUCUUCUCGCUACAAAUUCGAUGCCUGGUCAAAAGUAUCGAAUUUAUCAAAAAUCGAAGCGCAAACCAAAUAUUGUGAAUUAUUGGAGGAAGUUGAUUCAACUUGGGAUUCCACCAAAAAAGGAGCCGCUUCUUCGAGUAAAUUUUGAAAAAAAAAUGAGAAAAUCUGAAAAUUACGGCUGAAAAUUGAUUUUUAGAUGAAAUUUUGAGCUGAAAAUCUGCCACGUGCCAUAUUUGAGGCUGAAAAUAUAUGAUUUUCAGCUAGACUUUGCCACGUGGAUUUUCAAGCAAAAGAAAAUUUUAGAAAUCUGAAAAUUUCGGCGGAAAAUUGAUUUUCAAAAGAAUUUUGAGGGAAAUUUGAAUUUUUGAGGCUGAAAAUCUGCCACGUGGCAUAUUUGACCUCAAAAAUGUCAAAUUUUCAUUGCCACGUGGAUUUUCAAGCAAAUGAAAAUUUUAGAAAUCUGAAAAUUACGGCUGAAAAUUGAUUUUCAAAAGAAUUUUGAGGGAAAUUUGAAUUUUUAAGCUGAAAAUCUUCCACGUGGCAUAUUUGAGGCUGAAAAAUGUUUUAUUUUUAGCUAGACUUUGCCACGUGGAUUUUCAAGCAAUAGAAAAUUUUAAAAAUCUGAAAAUUACGGCUGAAAAUUGAUUUUCAGAUGAAAUUUUGAGGGAAAUUUGAAUUUUUGAGCUGAAAAUCUGCCACGUGGCAUAUUUGACCUCAAAAAUGUCAAAUUUUCAUUGCCACGUGGAUUUUCAAGCAAAUGAAAAUUUUAGAAAUCUGAAAAUUCUGGCUGAAAAUUGAUUUUCAAAUGGAAUUUCGAGGGAAAUUUUAAUUUUUGAGCUGAAAAUCUGCCACGUGGCAUAUUUUCAGCCCAGAAAUGUCAAAUUUUCAGCUGAAUUUUGCCACGUGGAUUUUCAAGCAAAUGAAAAUUCUAAAAAUCUGAAAAUUUUGGCUGAAAAUUGAUUUUCAAAUGAAUUUUGAGGGGAAUUCGAAUUUUUGAGCUGAAAAUCUUCCACGUGGCAUAUUUGAGGCUGAAAAUAUCUAAUUUUCAGCUAUACUUUGCCACGUGGAUUUUCAAGCAAAAGACAAUGAGAAAAUCUGAAAAUUUCGGCUGAAAAUUGAUUUUCAGAUGAAUUUUGAGGGAAAUUUGAAUUUUUAAGCUGAAAAUCUGCCACGUGGCAUAUUUGAGGCUGAAAAAAUAUGAUUUUCAGCUAGACUUUGCCACGUGGAUUUUCAAGCAAAUGAAAAUUUUAAAAAUCUGAAAAUUUCGGCUGAAAAUUGAUUUUCAGAUGAAGUUUUAAGAGAAAUUUGAAUUUUUUAGCUGAAAAUCUGUCACGUGGCAUAUUCGAGUUCAGAAAUUUUCAAAAUUUAAGCAAAAAUCUUCCACGUGGCAAAUUUUCAGUCUAGAAAUAUCUAAAUUUCAGCUGAAUUUCGCCACGUGGCGAAAUUUCGCUUUUUUUUCAGAUUGAAAUUUUUCAGCUUAAAAAAACCAAAAACCUCUGAAAACCUUGCUGUCUGAAACAUGAAACCAUAAAAUUUUCAGCCUAGAUUUUUGCAGGCUGGAACAUCAAACCAUCCACUUUGGGAGCAUCAGAAGAGCUCGAAAUGUUCGACGAUUUGAUUCAAAUGGAACCAGUUCGAAUGGAAACCGCAAUCGAACGAGAAUGGUUCACAGCGAUGCGAAACGAUGAUGUGAAAAGAAUGAACGAGAUUCUGAAAUUGGACCCGGAAAUUCUCGAGGCCAAAGAUCAACAUUUGGCAAUGACCGCAUUAUCAAGAAGUAUUGAUUUGGGAUGUGAAAAUGUUGCACAAUUCUUGAUUGCUAAAGGGGCCGAUGUUAAUGUGGCGGAUUUUGGUGGACAAACACCAUUGCAUUUUGGUGAGCGGGGAAAAUCUUUGUAGUUUUAAAAAUUUUUCAGCCAGAAAUUUCUAGAAAAUUUUCUCGAAACUUGAUAGAAAAAUUCAGAAAAUUUGCCACGUGGAAUCUGAAACUACACAAAAUUUCAAAUUUUGCUCAAUAUCUAGAUUUUGAGCUCCCAGAUUUGCCACGUGGAAUUUUGGUGAAAUUCUUUGAACAGUGCUUUUUUCAACUGUUUUUUUUUUUCAAAACUCAAAAAUCAGUUAUGAAAAUCUUGAAACAGUGAAAUUUUCAAAAAAAAAAUUUUUUUUUCAAAAUUUCACUAUUUUUUGAAAAAGUGAGAAAGUUUCAUGAAAUUUCUGAUUUUCAGAAAAUUUCAGAAUCCAAAAUUUGCCACGUGGAAUUCUUAAAAACUCAAAAAAUCAGUUAUGAAAAUUUUGAAACAGUGAAAAAAUGAAAAAAAAAUCUUUUUUUUCAAAUCUCUCAUUUUUUCACUGUUUCAAAAUGUUCAUAAUUGAUUUUCGAGUUUUGAAAAAAAAUUGUUAAACCAACAUUCCUCUUUGGUUCAAAAAAUUCUGCUUUUCUAGAAAUUUCUGGCUGAAAAAGUAGAGAUUUUCGAAAAUUUUGAAAAUCCACGUGGCAAACAUUUCAGCUUCAAAAAAAUGUUUAGGGAAAAAUUUCAGUUGAAAAAUUUUCUGAAAAUCAGAAAUUUCAUGAAUUUUGGAGCAAAACUUACUCACUGUUUCAAAAAAUAGUGAAAUUUUCAAAAAAAAAAAUUUUUUUUUAAUCAAAUUUCCCAUUUUUUCACUGUUUCAAAAUUUUCAUAAUUGAUUUUCGAGUUUUGCAAAAAAUGUUAUACGGUCAUAAUAAACUUCCAAAAUCCAAAUAUUCCCUUCUCAGCCGCCCAAUGUCAUCGUCGAAACUUGGCCGAACUUCUAAUCGCAUCCGGUGCCGAUCGAUCAACACGAGAUGCAGAUGGACUAACUCCAGCCGAAUGUUGUGAUGAUGAGGAGCUUCAAGAGUUUUUGGCCGGAAGAAAUCAAUAA